AUGGGCACAUCCACAGCGCAAAAGCGUAUUUCGGGCUCUGCUGCUGCCGCAGCAUACUUUAAGCCGGCACCAUCUGAAAUUCUCUAUGGACGAAUGCGUUUCCUUAUCACCGAUCGACCAAGCGAUAGUUCAAUUCAUUCGUUUAUCGAGGAGCUGGAUAAACAUUCCGCACGUGCCGUUGUACGCGUAUGUGAACCGACUUACGCUACGAAGCCGUUGCGUGACCAUGGUAUAGAUGUACUUGACUGGGAAUUUUCUGAUGGCUCUCCUCCGCCGCCAGAGGUGAUCCGUGACUGGCUGCAGCUGGUACGUGCCUCUUUCCGCGACCAUCCAGACCAAUGUAUUGCCGUGCAUUGUGUGGCAGGUUUAGGCCGAGCUCCAGUCCUUGUAGCCCUUGCUUUAAUAGAGGCCGGCAUGAAAUAUGAGGAUGCCGUUGAACUUAUACGCAGUCACUCAAAGUAUCCGAGUUCCCCAUCAAAACUUGCACGAAAAUCUUAUUUCAGACAAAGACGGGGUGCUUUGAACCAAAAACAGCUCAAUUUUCUCGAGAAGUAUAAACCAAGCGGCGAGCUUCGAAAGUUCCGAUAUUCAGUGGACGGAAAACAGAAGUCGUGCGUUAUCAUGUAA